ACCCUUCACCUCUGGAACUCAAACCACACACGUGUGUCACCCAAACCAUAGCUCCGCACGUGUGAAAUGAGCGAUGGCCGGAGUUACCGGGGAGUCCGGAGUAGGUCCGGGAAAUGGGUUUCAGAGAUUCGAGAGCCGGGGAAAGCUAGCAGGAUUUGGCUUGGGACAUAUCCGACGGCGGAGAUGGCGGCGGUGGCUUAUGAUGUCGCCGCAUUGGCUUUGCGAGGCAAUGAGGCAGUGUUGAAUUUUCCGGGUUGUGUCUCGGCUUACUCGCCACCGGCUUCGAAAGCACCGGCUGACAUCCGUGCGGCGGCAGCUGCCGCCGCAGAGUCGACGAGGCCAAGACAGUUAGGGGAAAGUAGUGAGGUGAGAUCGGUGCCGGAGUUUGUGGAUGAGGAGGAGAUGUUUGAGAUGCCGAAGUUGAUUGAGAAUAUGGCUCAGGGGAUGUUGAUGACACCACCGAGAAUGAGCUCGCCGCCGGCGCCGGAGGAGGGGCCGGAGGAUGGAGAGGGAGGAGGAUUGUGGAGUUAUCCUUAGAGAAAAGUCAAAUGGUUGACUUUGAAUAUGAAUUUGGAUUUGACUUUGACUUUUCCCUGAGAGAUGAACAAAGGGAGGGAAAAUAGCUGGUUUUUAAAAAUAGCUACUACACUACCUUUGUGUGUAUGAGCUUGUGCUUUGAUGUGGAGUAUGGUGUGUGAGAACCAUGUCAUGUGUGUACCUGCUAAUAAGUGUUCAUUAAGUAAGCUUUAAUCUAUUAUGAAAAUGAAUAAAUAAAUUGGGUGUUUAAGUCCCCCCUUGAUUA